AUGUCUAGGAAAUUAGUACUCUAUCCAAAUGGGAAAGUGAAGAGCCAUGGGACCGCUUACAUUUCUCUAUACUUGGAAAUAGCAGCUACCGAGGGUCUUCCACUUGGGUCGGAGGUUAACAUGAACAUAAGAUUCUUUGUGUUUGAUCAAAUCCGAAACAAGUACCUUAGCAUUCAAGAUGUGAGUGGGAGAGUAAGACGCUUUCACAACUUGAAGACUGAAUGGGAAUUCGAUCAAUUGCUUUCCUAUGAUACUCUCAAUGAUCUAUCAAAUAGUUAUCUUGUCGAUGACAGUUGUGCCUUUAGGGUAGAAGUUUUUAUUAUUAAAUGUACCGGUAAAGGAGAGUGUUCGUCAAUGAUAAAGGAACCACAAAGUAACUAUUUCACUUGGAGGAUUGACAACUAUACAGACAUGAAAGAUCAAAUUUAUUACUCUGAGCAUUUCACUGUUGAAGGGCGAAGAUGGAAGUUGAGUCUCUAUCCGAAGGGAAAUGGAACAGGAGUAGGCACAUGCUUAUCUCUCUAUCUCUGCUUAGGUGAAUCCGAAACUCUUCCUCCCAACAAAAAAUUGUGUGCAAAAUACAAGCUGCGAGUAAAGGACCAAAUCCAUGGCAAUCACCAUGAGAAGACAGUUGAGCGCUGGUUCUCUGAUCCUAGCAUCGUUUAUGGUAUCUACGAGUAUUUUCCAUUGAGAGAUCUCCUGGACGCAUCGAAGGGUUACUUGGUGCUUAAUGGUUUGCACAUUGAAUGUAUAAUUGAUGCCGUAUCCAUUCUCUUUUAA